AUGUGGAGAAAAAAUAGAAGACCGGCAUUUUGUAAACAACAAUAUUUUAAUAGAAUUUGUUGUUCUGGUGUUGAUUUAAAUAGAAAUUUUGAUUGGUUCUGGUCAAUAACUGGUUCAAGUGCUGAUCCUUGUCACGAAACUUACCACGGACCUUCAGCGUUCAGCGAACCUGAGUCGCAAAAUCUGUCAGAGAUUUUCUUCAAGUACAUCCUGUGA